AAACUUUCCCUUUAUUGAGGGCCAAUCAAUCCUUUCUGUACUUUCUCAUUUACCUUGUUCAAUCUUCCAUCAAUUCUCAGAAAUUUUUUUUAAAAAAUGAAUAAUCUUUGGUUCUCAUCAUCAUCAUCACCAUUACCUUGUCUUCCACUUCUGUACUAUUCCUUAUUAUUCAUCAUGUUUGGGUUUCCUCUUUCACUAAGCAAUCAUGAACUGUACGAGAACUGUCGUGAUACAGUGUUCCGAUGCGGGAAUAUCUCCGCCGGAUUUCCUUUCUCUGGCGGUCAACGAGUGUCGGAGUGUGGACGACACGGUCUCGAGCUUCGCUGCGACAACAACAACAAUACAACAACGAUCGUAAUUAGUAAUAUAGAAUAUCGGGUUCUGGGCAUCGGCUGGGAUCGUCAUAUUCUAAAGAUUGCGAGGGAAGACCUCAUCAAGUACGAUGGCCUUUGUAGCCCUCAAAUCGCAACUCGGAAUUCGGUCCUCGAUCCCGAGUUGUUUUCACCUGGUCCCGGUUAUGCCAACGUUACUUUGUUUUAUGACUGCCAAGCUUCCAUCUCGUCACGCAAUCUCGGGUUCUUCCCUUGCGAUAACGCCGGUUCCACUUACAGUAACGUUUCCGUGGGGAUACCGAAUAAUAUCCAGCCGAAGGGAUGUUCGGCUAAUGUUACUGUUCCGGUUCUUCGAUCUUCCAUGGAGGGAUCACUGAAUUCUUCGUUGAGGUUGAAAGAAGCCUUGAACAAAGGAGUGGAGGUACAAUGGAAUUGGAAGGACAGCAAAGCUUGUGGGAAGUGCAAUGAUUCCGGCGGAGCCUGCGGUUUCUUUGGGCCGGCGGAGAAUCAAACAAUGUUCUGCUACUGCCCUUUCAUGUUCGAGAAUUCGCCCGAUGACAGACAAUGCCAUCGCGUUGUUUCUUCAUCAUCACCAACGUCGUCUGCCCAAGAAUCUGAAUCCGAAUCCAAAUCCAAAUCCAAAUCGAGGCUGAAUCUAGUAUUCAUAGGAUUCACGGUUGUUGUAACCAUCACCAUUGUUUUGGUUUCUGCUCUAUGCUUCUUCGUGUUAAGGUUGAAAGGGAAAUCACUGUCAAGUCAUCUAUGGAAGGGAAAAAAGAAUGACAAUGCUAGGAUCGAGGAAUUCAUCACAAAGUUUGGUUCUUUGGCUCCGAAUCGAUAUUUUUAUGGAGACAUUAAGAAAAUGACAAAUAAGUUUAAAGAUAAAUUAGGUGAAGGAGGAUAUGGUAGUGUAUAUAAAGGAAAAUUACCCGACGGACGUCUCGUGGCGGUCAAAAUCCUGAGUGAAUUCAAAGAAAAUGGGGAGGAAUUUAUGAAUGAAGUAGCUAGCAUUAGUAGAACUUCUCACGUCAACAUAGUGACUCUUCUUGGUUUCUGUUUUGAGAGAUCAAAGAGAGCUUUGGUCUAUGAAUUCAUGCCCAACGGAUCUUUGGAUGGAUUUAUUUAUAAUAAAGGACCACAUAAUCAAAGUCGUCAAUUGGAGGGGAAAACUUUGUAUAACAUUGCACUAGGCAUCGCUAGAGGACUCGAAUACUUGCAUCAAGGUUGCAACACCCGGAUCUUGCACUUCGACAUAAAACCUCACAAUAUCCUUUUAGAUGAAAACUUCUGUCCUAAGAUCUCUGAUUUCGGUCUAUCUAAGUUAUGCGAACGAAAAGAAAGUAUUAUUGCAAAUACAGGUACAAGAGGAACUGUUGGAUAUAUAGCUCCUGAAGUGUUUUGUCGAAAUUUUGGUGGUGUUUCUCAUAAAUCUGAUGUCUACAGCUAUGGAAUGAUGCUCCUUGAAAUGAUAGGAGGAAGAAAAAAUAUAGAUAUUGAGGGUUCCCAAACUAGUGAAACAUACUUUCCCUCGUGGAUAAAUAACCAUCUUGAUCAGCCUAUGAACUUCAAUCUUAAUGAAGUAAUAGCUGAAGGGGAAGAAGAAAUAACAAAAAAACUAUUCACAGUGAGCCUUUGGUGCACUCAAACCCAUCCAAUAGAUCGACCAUCAAUAACUGAAGUGUUGGAAAUGUUACAAGGAAGCCUUCAAUCAUUGGUACUUCCGCCAAAACCCACCUAAAAAUGUUGCAGACUUGUUAACUGGAGUAAUUUGCUCAUGUUGAAGCAAUCUUAAGUAGAUUUGGCAAAAUGUACAUUUUGAUCUCAUGUUUUUUUAGUGUUAGUUGUGUAUAUACAAAUAGAACAUACUAAAUGUGUCAAAAAUUUUAUACAUAAAUAUGUUAUACAUAUAUAUGAUGGCAUGCUUAUUAAA